AUGUAUGGGCGCCGCGUGUACGGCGCUUUCGUCGCGAACUUUUCCGGCGUCGAGCUCUCCUGGCGGACUUUCGCGUCCGAUUGCGCAAUGGAAUUAAGCUGUCACGCGCGAGUCUAUCUCGGCGAUAAACAAGACAAUAAAUAUCCGAACGAGAACGCGACAUCGGCUAAAGUUAUGCCGAAAAGUUUCGACAUUGACCCGAGCGCCAGCACACGCGUGUCCCCGCCGCCGAAAAGUCGGAGCGGGGUCGAAAUUCGUGCUGUGCCGACACGGUGGCCGAGCGCACGGUCGACUCCCACCGCCCCGAGUGGCCGACGGAGGGCGGGCGGAUGCCGGGGCGCCGCGACCUCGUCCCGCCGGGGCGAAGUCUGGAGGUCGCAACAGCGACGCCCGCCCUACGCCGAUGCGGAUCACGAGGGCGAUUAU